CGAGCGGGUACCACUACCCCAUCACAAAAUCUUGCAGAUGACAUCACCUUGAAAGGACCGAUUAACCCUGAAGAUGCACUAUUUCUAUUGUCAAUCUUCCAGCAGCAUUACGGUCGUUGGGUAUCGUUCGAUCCGCUUUUAUCGACUCCAAUGCUUCUCGAAGGCGUACGAAAAUCGCCAUUACUUCUUGCAGCUUGUUGCUUGAUUGCGGUCCGACACACUUCGCAGGAGUUGGCUACGCGUCUCGCACCUACUUUGCUCAAGGAACCGAAAUCACGGCUUUCGUUCGCAUUGUUGGUCAUACCACAGCCCAUUGAGUUCCUCCAGGCUGCACUGAUAUUGAGCAUGUGGUCGACUACCACCGAGCAAAUUCCUUUGAGCAUCGACAGUUGGCUACUAAGUAGCUUCGCACUACAGCACAGUGUUGCGAGUGGCAUCUGUUCACCUAGCCUCAAUGGAUCCUCCGAGAGGCUAGGUAAAUCCGAGCUGGACAAAUUAUGUAUCUGGAACCAUCUGUACCUCGUUCAUCUGCAUUACUGCGUCGGAACUCGCCGGAAAGCAGUGCUUGAUCGAAGUGACAUCGAGUAGUGCCGCCAUAUACUUGGUUUAGACCAUGCUUCGAACUUCGAGUCACGCAUGGUGGCUGAAGUCUUCCUGUAUUGGAUCAUAUACGAAAACUCCCUCAAACCAAUUGAUCUGCCGAAUACGCAAUCCGCCCUUUACACCUGGAAGGAUGAGUGGGAAUUUCUGUUCGACCAACCAUGAUCCCAGUUCCUACAGAUGGGUUAUCGCUUCGCUCAACUGUUGAUGUACGAUCGAUUCCUGAAAACAAAGUCUGCAGCAGUUCGAGAAACGCUCUUGGUCGAGAUGGUCCGACUUUUGACAGAAAUCAUCAGGCUCGCGAUGGACACCACGGACGAACGGAUGCGCCAUCUGACAGACUACAUAUAUCACAUGCUCAGCUUUACUGUUGCUACGCUC